AUGGUCUACUCCAAAAGAAUACCGACUGCUCUCACUGAAAAUGAGAUUAGCGAUAUAAGAAAACUGGUUGAUUCAGCGGUUGUAGAUCCAAAUGUGAAAGGUGGGUUGAGGUGGCCACUUGGGAAGGCUUCAUCAGGGGACCGGUAUACCGUCUAUGGCGUUUGGCACGUUAUAAAUACUGUAUACCGCAGUUCAACUUUCAGGCUCAAGGUUAGAGAGGUCGACCGAUUUGAUUUUGGGGCUGGAACUGGUGAGGCUGCAAGAGAGGUGAUUCUGGUACUUAAAGGAAUCAGCCAAAAGCUAGAGGAAGGUGGUGAGGUUGAGAGGAGCUCUGUUUCAGACAUGCUGAAAGAUGCUCUCAAGAUUAUAUGGGAUCACUUCUUGUCUGCUGAUCCAUAUCUUAUCUAA